AAACCUAUGACAUUUCGGUAUUUAAUAUAUAGCUAAGGAAAGAUAAUAUUUUAUGAUGCAUGCAUCUGUUUUGCUCGACACCUAAUAAACGAACAUUUUCACUACAACACCACCAUCUUGAGUGACUCGCUUCCCCAGAAGCACGGGAGCAUUGGGUACAAAGUGGAGUGCACUUGUAUCGUUUAGCGGUUUGGGGACUAUGGGAUAAGUUGUUUUGGGACUAUGUUUGUCUCGCUGGCAAAAUAAAACGGUCUUUUUGCGCACCCACAUGGUUGUUGUGGGCUUUCGGAUUAGACAUAGGAGAAUCAUGACACCUGAAUGACUCCUAAACUAGUAAAUUUACACUAUGCAAGGUGUAACAACGGUUGACCUACCGUUUGGAAGAGUCACAAAGUGGUACGCAACUUAUGUUGAUUCGUGUGGACAUAUAUUUUGUCAGCUAAGUGAACCCUCUAUUUCUGUCAAAUAUGAACGCCUUUAUCAAGGCAUUAACAGUUGGGCAAGAGCUGGAAAACUGCAAUUAAUACCUAUAGAUCCGGCAAUUGGAGAAGUUUGUUUAGCAAAAGCAGGUGACGGUUCAUGGUACCGUUGUCAAGUAACAGAAGUUGAUGUUGAUUCACGGCAAGCAGAUGUUUUUUAUUUUGAUUAUGGCAACUCAGAAGUUGUUUCAUUUGACUGUAUAUCACAGCUUCCACCACCAUUUUCAGAUCUUCCACCACAAGCAAAUGAGUGUGUUCUUGCUAAUGUCGAGCCAGUAUUGCACAAUGAUAAAUGGAGUGAAAGGGCAUUGGAACUUAUAAAAGAAUUAGUUUUAGAACAGGAGUUGCAUGGUAUUGCCAUUAAAUUAUAUAGAAAUGUUUUGGUCUUGAAAUUAUUUGCUGACCAUGAAGGAACUGUGACAGUGGCAGAACAGUUAAUAUCUGCUGGUUUUGGACAAGUGAAACAUUCUAGAUCAAUAAGCAGUUCCAGUGGCAGCGCUGUCAGAUCAGGGUCUAUAUCAAGUGCUGGAAGCGCUGGAUCUAAAAAGAAUUCUUUAACAGGGGCAGCAAGAAGUCUAAAACAAUAUAAGAGAACGGCCUUAAACCCUGAGCAAUACAUUGAUUUUUCUGUUGUAUAUUGUGAAAACUUAAACAAGUUUUUUUGCCAGUUUGUUGCAUCUAAAAAUGAUUUGGACAAACUACAAGAAAAUUUACAGGUACUUUAUAGAAAUGAAUCAAGCGAAGUAAUUAUGAAGUCAGUUAAAUUAAAUCAACCCUGUUGUGCAAAGUUUUCUGAAGAUGAUAUGUGGUAUCGUGGAAUCGUUAAAACAAUCAAUAGUACAUCUGCAACUAUUUACUUUGUUGAUUAUGGUAAUACAGAUUUAGUCAAUCAAACUGAUCUACGAGAAAUCAAAACAGAAUUGUUAUCACUGCCAAUAUGUGCAGUGGAAUGUAGUCUAUCUGGGGUAUUACCAUUGGCAGGCGAAAAGACUUAUUCUGAUAAAGCGAAGGAAAAAUUUGAAACCUUAACAAUGGACAAUUCUUCAAUGGUGGGAUUGGUUACUAAGGUUACAAACAACAAAAUUGAAGUGAUUUUGUAUGACAGCAAUGACAGUCCUAUUAAUCAAAAGCUUGUUGAGGAAGGUUUAGUUGCUGCAGUUGGUCAACCUGAAGCAAAUUUAGCCUCGUUGCAAUCACAAAGUUCUCAGUCUAUGCCUGAAGAGGAAGCCUCAAACCAAUUUAUAAAAUAUGUACCUCAAGUUAUUUCUACUGGCUUUGAGGCACUUGUUUAUGUUUCCUAUAUGUAUAAUCCACACAAUUUCUAUGUGAGUUUGGUUCAGAGUACUAACAGUCUGGAUCAGUUAAUGGCUGAUAUCAGGAGUGUUUACCAAGACAGUGUGAAUACGAAGGGCAUUAUAAAUCCUGUUGUUGAUCAGCCUUGCGCAGUGAAGUUUUCUGAAGAUAAUCAGUAUUACAGGGGUGUUAUAACUGAACUUAAAAGUCAUAUGGUGAAGGUUCACUAUGUUGAUUAUGGUAACAGUGAGGAUAUAGCUGUUGGGCUACUUCAAAAUCUGCGUAAAGAAUUUAUCAAACUGCCAAAGCAAGCCAUUCCCUGCAAGUUGGAUGGUAUUGAACCAAUAAAUGAGGAAUUUCAUGCUGAUGCUUGUCGAAAGUUUGAAGAGCUUACUUUGGAUAAAAACAUCACAAUGACUGUCAUUGGUCUGCAAGAUGGAGUGCAUCUAGUAAGACUAGAAGAGAUCAACCACAACAAUGUUGUGCCAAAGAUUGAUAUUGCUCAAGCAUUAAUAUUAGGUGGGAUGGGAAAGGAAGGAGGCAUGCCUACUAAAAAAAGGAAUUUUGGUGCAAAAAUAACAUCCAGCACAACACGAUAUAAAGACUUGAAAAUUGAUAUUAAUACUUACAUAGAUGUAUCACCUGUGGACGUGCUCAAUCCAUCUCAAUUUUGUUGUCAUGUUGUUCAAAAUGCUGUUGAAUUUAAACAGCUUACUAAAGAAAUAAAUGAGUUCUACGAUUCCUCUGUUGCAGAUAGUCAAGUAAAAUGGGAAAAGCUUGUGCCAUGUGUCGCACUUUAUGAUGUUGAUAAGUGUUGGUAUAGAGCCACUGUAACAAGUAUUGUGACCAACACAACUGUAGAAGUAUCAUUUGUGGAUUUUGGAAACACGGAAGUCAUCAACAUCCAAAAUAUAAGACCUAUAUACGAGGGAUUCAUGGUUCUACCAGCACAAGUGUUUGUAUGCUCUUUGGCUGAUGUGAUACCUGUCAACAAAUUUUGGACAUCGGAAGCAGUUAAAUAUUUUCAAAACCUUGUUAUUGACAAACAUUUGGCUGCAAAUAUCAAGUCAAAAAAUGAAAAUAAUUCAUACUCUAUUGUCCUGUAUGACACAAAGAAUUCUCCUGAAGUAAAUAUAUCACAAAGUCUCAUCAAAAAUGGAUAUGCAUCUUCCACUGAAGCUACUGUGGCAACCUUGGGUUGUGAAAAAUAUGUGGAUCCAAACGAUGUCGAACAAGUUCUUGUAACGUGUGUUACGAAUCCUUCUAAUUUUUGGUUGCAGCUUAGCCGAUUAGGUGGACAGCUGGACCAAAUGAUGACGCAAAUUGAAACUUUCUACACAAAUCUUAAUCAGCAGGAUUUAUCAAUAGCAAGUCCAAUGAUUGGCCAGUAUUGUUGCGCAAAGUUCACUGAAGAUGAUGGUUGGUAUCGAGCAGCGAUUGAAGAAGUGAAUGGGAGUACGGUCACUGUAAGAUAUAUUGACUAUGGCAAUUCUGAAAAUAUAGACAUAGGCAGGAUCAAAGUUUUAGACACAGAUUUUGAUAGUUUGCCAAAAUUUGCUUUGCACUGUGGUUUGGCAGAAAUGAAAAACUUCCUAGAUUGGGAUCUUUCCUUAAAUUCCUUGUUGCUUGAUAAGGGUUUUGAAGCGAGAUUUUCCACCAACGAAUCGUCCCCAUUACUGGUGCAUCUUAAAUCUGAUGGAAAAUCUGUUAAUGGUGAAAUUGCAGUGCUUAUUGGUUUGCAGCCAGAUAAAAAAAUAUACGAUAAAACGCCAUGUAACCUUACAACUCCACCAUUUAUAGUUGGUAAGAGUUAUGGAAUGUAUUUUUUGCAUGAAGCUACUCCAAAAACAUUUUACUGCCAGUUAGUUGAGGGUGAGGAAAGCCUGAAUAAUUUGAUGGAUGAUAUUGCUGUCUACAUGGAUUCCCGUGGUGUUAGUGCAUGUGAUGACGUUAACGUUGGAAGUUAUUGCUUAGCUUGUUACAGUGAAGAUGGGAAAUGGUACAGAGCUCAAAUUGCAGCUGUUAUGGGAAACAAUAUUACCAUAUAUUUCUGUGACUAUGGUAACAAGGAAGUUAUUAGCUCAAUGGAGAAGAUAAGCAGUCUUCCUGAAAGAUUUUGCAGCCUUCCCAUGCAAGUCGUGGAAUGUUCAACUCAAUCGCUUCAAAGUGGUGGCAAAAUGAAGGACUUCUUAAGUUCAAUAGAUAUUGAACAAGUUUUGAACACAAGAAUUAUCGAACUAAACAGUGAAGGAUAUAUUGUUGUGGAUAUUUGUAAUGUGAGUGACAAUAACCAACCAACACAUGAAACUACACUAUGUAAACCGGAACCUGAAGAAACGAAUACCAAUGUUCCUGCGAAAAGUAGACAGCAGAAGUUGGAAUUUAAAUGCACAGACCUAGAAUCAAACGAACCUGGCAUUUGUACUUUUAUCUCAUCACCAAUACAGAUUAAUGUUCAACUGAACAAAUAUGGGGACAAACUUACAACGAUCAUGGACGAAUUGGCUACUUAUUGUGAAACUGCUCCUCAGUUAGUAAAUCUGGAGCCUUCAUUAGCUUGCGCUGCGAAAUACGUGAUGGAUGAUGCUUGGUACCGUGCAGAAAUCUUAAACAUUAAUGCCGAUAAAGUUAUGGUAAAUUUUGUUGAUUAUGGGAACACCGAAGAAGUUCCUGCCAACUCGUUAAAACAACUAACUGCACCGCUGGCUUCUCUCCCUAAGACCUCUGUUUCAUUUACUCUUCACGACGUUCACGCUGAAGAUGUAGACUUUAGUAAAGCUAAACUGUGGCUUGAAGAAAAUGUUUUAGACCAAUCAGUUGAUGUUAAGGUUAUUUCAAAGAGUGAAACCGCAGUGGAAGCUAAUGUUUACAUUACUGGUUCCGAGGGUCACGUGAACGAUGCCUUGUACACCUUUUGUGCUGCCACAGAGUUUUCCGCGUCUGAAAACCUAGUAUCGAACAAAGACGAAGUUACACAAAAGUUACAAGCUAAAUCACCUGUCGUAGAAAAAGAAGAAAAAAGUGCAAUAACUCAUAAAAUUCCCCAACAAGAAGAAAAGAAGCGUCUUAUAUCCUGUCCAAAAUUUGCAGCUAAUACGAACACGAAUGCAUUUUGUUACGUCGUUGAAUCGCCGGUGGUUUUGCGUUGUCAACUUUCGCAAUAUCAAGAACAAUUAGACGAUCUCAUGAAUCACAUCGCUGCUGUUGCUGACUCGAGUCCAGUACUCAAUGCUCCGGAAACAAAUGAUAUAUGUUUAGCUAAGUAUUCUGCUGAUGAAGGCUGGUACAGAGGCCGUAUCGUGAAUGUCGAUGAUGGAAUUACUGUGGAAUUUGUUGAUUUUGGAAACCAGGAAAAAGUUGACGCCCAAGGCAUCAGAUCUUUGUCAGCAGAAUUUGCUAUUUUGCCUCAAACUUGUGUCAAAGUUAUUCUUAAUGAUGUUCACUUAGAAGAUAUCGACACUGCUGCGACGAUCACAUGGCUUCAGGAGAAAGUAUUGGAACACGUUCUUCGUUUGGAAGUUGUUAAUGUAGAAGACCAAGCGACAAUUUCAGCAUACGUGUACAUUGAAGGUCAGGACGAACAUGUUAACGAUAAAAUAUAUGAGCUGCACGCCCUACAGGUUACAGAAGAAGUCGUAGCUGUAAAUGAAAACGUUGUGGAAAGUUCACCUCCUGUGCAAGACACCCGUACUUCGUCGUCUCCAAAUACUAACGUAGUAGCGCAGACUGCUGUGAAAACUACACCAUGUAAAUACAAAUCACAUGCGAUUAACAAUAAUGACACUGUUCCAGUAAUUUGCACAUUUGUAAGCUCUGCAACUGAAAUACAAGUUCAGUUAUUUCAAUAUACCAUGCAACUAGACGAAUUGAUGGAGAAGAUAGCAAGUUACUGUUCACAAAAAACGGUAACACCGAACAAUUUAGCAGUUGGUACGCCCUACCUUGGUUUAUAUCCUGACGAUGGUGAGUGGUAUCGUGCAGAAAUAUCAGACAUUGAUGGUGAAAACAUUACAUUGAAUUAUAUUGAUUAUGGUAACACUGCUAUUGUAACCGCGAAAGAUGUUCGCAAUAUAACUGAAGAAUUUUUGUCGCUGCCGAGAACCUGUGUAACAUGUAAGCUACAUGAUGUUCAUGUGGAAGAUAUCGAUGUAAAAAAAUCACAGGAAUUUUUAGAAACAUACUUGAAUCAAGAACUGACAUUAAGCGUGUCAAUAGUCGAAAACGAACAAACUAUCAGUGGUUUUGUAUCUGUACCUAAUGGUAAAGUCUCUCUGAAUGAUAUGCUUUAUGAAAAAUUUUCUUUGCCUGAAGUUGUCGUUGAGGAAGAAAAAAGUGCUGAACCUGAAAAGAGUUCCCAACAACAAGGAGAAAAACAUGCCUUGUCGUGUCCAGAAUUUGGAGCUAAUAACAACAAGAAUGCAUUUUGUUACGUCGUUGAAUCGCCGGUGGUUUUGCGUUGUCAACUUUCGCAAUAUCAAGAACAAUUAGACGAUCUCAUGAAUCACAUCGCUGCUGUUGCUGAUUCGAGUCCAGUACUCAAUGCUCCGGAAACUAAUGAUAUAUGUUUAGCUAAGUAUUCUGCUGAUGACGGCUGGUACAGAGGCCGAAUCGUAAAUAUCGAUGAUGGAAUCACAGUGGAAUUUGUUGAUUUUGGAAACCAGGAAAAGGUUGACGCCCAAUUCAUCAGAUCUUUGUCAGCAGAAUUUGCUAUUUUGCCUCAAACUUGUGUCAAAGUUAUUCUCAAUGAUGUUCACUUAGAAGAUAUCGACACUGCUGCGACGAUCACAUGGCUUCAGGAGAAAGUAUUGGAACAUGUUGUUCGUUUGGAAGUUGUAAAUGUAGAAGAACAAGCGACAAUUUCAGCAUACGUUUAUAUUGAAGGUCAGGACGAACAUGUUAACGAUAAAAUAUAUGAGCUGCACGCCCUACAGGUUACAGAAGAAGUCGUAGCUGUUAAUGAAAACGUUGUGGAAAGUUCGCCUCCUGUGCAAGACACCCGUACUUCGUCGUCUCCAAAUACUAACGUAGUAGCGCAGACUGCUGUGAAAACUACACCAUGUAAAUACAAAGCACAUGCGAUUAACAAUAAUGACACUGUUCCAGUAAUUUGCACAUUUGUAAGCUCUGCAACUGAAAUACAAGUUCAGUUAUUUCAAUAUACCGCGCAACUAGACGAAUUGAUGGAGAAGAUAGCAAGUUACUGUUCACAAAAAACGGUAACACCGAACAAUUUAGCAGUUGGUACGCCCUACCUUGGUUUAUAUCCUGACGAUGGUGAGUGGUAUCGUGCAGAAAUAUCAGACAUUGAUGGUAAAAACAUUACAUUGAAAUAUAUUGAUUAUGGUAACACUGCCAUUGUAACCGCGAAAGAUGUUCGCAAUAUAACUGAAGAAUUUUUGUCGUUACCAAGAACCUGUGUAACAUGUAAGCUACAUGAUGUUCAUGUGGAAGAUAUCGAUGUAAAAAAAUCACAGGAAUUUUUAGAAACAUACUUGAAUCAAGAACUGACAUUAAGCGUGUCAACAGUUGAAAACGAACAAACUAUCAGUGGUUUCGUAUCUGUACCUAAUGGUAAAGUCUCUCUAAAUGAUAUGCUUUAUGAAAAAUUUUCUUUGCCUGAAGUAUUGGAAGCCAAAGAGACGUCAGCUGUACCUUUAAGCGAAAGUGCGACUGUUGUCGAACAGGAAAGUAAAGCACAGGAUGAUAGUAUGCUUGCUAACAGUGAAAUUGUAGGAGAAGCGUCGAUUCUGUCGAAAGAUCAUGUGGUUUUUUUACCUUCCGUGGUUAACAGUGAGGAGGAAGUGAUAUGUACGUUCGUUGAAUCACCGAUUAAAAUUUGUUGUCAGUUGGUAAGACACGAAUCAUUGUUUCAAGCAAUCAGUGCGUUAACGGAAGCACCUCCUGCCGACGCAAAGCCUGUUGCACACUUUGCGAAAGGAAAAGCAGUUAUUGCUAAAUCAGAAGACGAUGGAGCCUGGUACCGAGCUGCUAUACUAGCCAAGAACGAAUCGUCAGUCUCUGUAUUGUAUGUUGACUUUGGAAAUAAGGAAGAAGUACCUGAGGCCAAUUUGAUAGAAUUGUACAACGAUCAACUACUGGCACCGCCGUGUUGCGAAAGUAUCAUCUUACAGGAUGUUUUUCAAGCAGAUCUUGAUUGCGAGAAAGUGAUGACGUGGUUAAACACGGAAUGUAUUGAUCAGCCACUCCGACUGGAAACGUCUAAGAAUGAGGCAGGAGAGUAUCAAGCCUACGUUUAUUUUUCGGGUAAAAGAAGUGAACAGUCAAUAAAUGAUAUAAUCUAUGCACAGUUUAGUAGUGAAGAUAAAGUAGUGGAAGACGAUGUGAUUGAAGAAGAGGAUGAAAAUGGAGUUAAUAAUGGCGAGCCCACUAUUGUUUGUCCAGAGUCGGGAUUAAGGCAGUUUCCAAAACCAACAGUUACUGCAGGGACCUCUGAAAACGCUAUUUGUACUGUAGUGGACACCCCCACUGUUAUAAGAUGCCAACUUGGGAAAUAUCAAAAAAAGCUGGAGCGCCUAUAUAAUGUCAUCUCCACGCAAAUCGAAACGCUGUCUGGUAUGCGGUUUCUUGAAGAAGGUGCUCCUUGUCUGGCUCAGUAUGUAGAUCUGUCGUGGUGUCGUGCUCGCAUAUUGUCUGCUUCCGAAGCUACUACGCGGGUGGAAUUCGUUGAUUUUGGGAAUGUAGAUGACGUUAUUAAUGAAGAUUUUCGUGUGAUUAGGCCAGAAUGGGUUUCUGACCCAGAAUUCUGUGUAAAAUGUAUACUUGAUGGGGUGCAUAUUUUGCCGGAGAACGAAGCUGAUGUGAUUGAGUAUUUGAACAGGACGCUGGUGGAUGAUGCGGCCAGAGUGACUUUAGAUAUCAAAAAAGUUGACAAUGAAAAAGACGAGUGUCAUGUUAUACUUAAUCAAAAUGGUGUAGAUAUCAACGAUUUUCUUCGAAAAACGUAUGGCCCGAUCGAGUGCGUGUACCGCGAACGACACGUUGCAUUGGGCGAGAAAAUUAAAGUGACAAUUCCUCUGACGUCUACUUUGUCUAAGUUUUAUUGCGUAUUCGACGACACAAAGACAGAGGUGGACGGAAUGAUGGCUGACCUGAAUAAAGUUUACAGUAGCGCUGCUUGUCCGUCGCCAUCGGAUCUUCAAGUGGAUAUGCCAUGCUGUGUACGUAUAAACAACAAAUGGUACCGUGGCGAAGUAACAAAAAUCAGCGAUCACGCCGAGGUGCUUUUAGUGGAUUAUGGUUUGAUCGAAAGCGUGCCCGCGUCCGAUGUUCGAACGCUGAUAUCGAGUUUUUUCAAGUUAGAAAUGCAAGCGGUUUGCUGCAGUUUGUUCGAUUUACGCCCCCUGAAAAAUACAAACACUUGGUCAAAAGAGGCGGUUGAGUAUUUCAACGCUGUGUGCGACGGAGAAGUUUUAUCCGCCACUGUCGUAAAAUAUUACGAUGAUAUGUAUUACGUUGCGCUGGUGCUCGAUAAUGGUGACACUAUUUACGAAUUACUUACUAGAGAAAAUCAUGCCGAAACAAAAGAGCGACGAUUAAGUAGCCCUGAGGCACUCGUUCUAAAUGGACAUUGAAAAAAGAACUAUUUUAUAUAAGAUUUUGUUGUUUUGGUGAAAUGCGGGUUGUAUUAUAAUGUAGAUAAGUCCACGCCCGAAUUUUUGUACAGAACGUUUAAAGAUGGCAUGUGUGUUGGCUUCACGAAAGUAGAAAACAAAUUUCGCACGCUAUCGAUAAAAUAAUAGGAUAUUAAUGAUAAAAACAGAAUAUGGUUAUUCUACGGAUGUGGCAAAGUCAGUUCCGUUGUGUUAAUUUUUUGUAACGUGUUAACGGAUAAUUGUUCUUUUUUAUUUCCACUGUUCUAAUUUUGUUGUGCAAUUUUUAUUUUUGCUCCAAAAAUAUUUUUUCAUCGUUAAAUUUUUGCGGAGUUUAGAAUUUUAUACACCUGUCAAAGUGAAAAUAAAGCACUGAAAGGACUCCUUUUGUUCUUACCUCAAGGUUUUUACCUCAACGUUUUUACCGCACAGUUUCGUUUAAAAAAGAUUUGAGCAAUUUCAACAAACUUUAGAAAACGAGUGUUAUCACAUUCUGUCUUGGAUUACGUUGUAUUUUUUGCAUGCGUACCUAGGGUCAUCAUAUGUCAAGCUAAUAUCUUCGAGAUUGUAGCUAUGCUAUUAUAGUUUUACGGUUAUUGAUUUCCAGGUAGUUUUUAAUGCAAUCUCACUGACUACAUAUGGAAGACACGUACCUGAAAGCUCAAUUGA